GGUGAUUCACAGGACAAAGUGAUAUUUGCGUUCUCACAUUCUCUCUCCCACUCGACACUCCGCCGCCGCUCUGUCGUCUCCAUUCCUUAUCAACAGCAACGACGAUCCUGCGAUAGGUUUUGGUAUUGAUGGACUGUAGACUUCUUUCCUUCAGUGGCAGCAGUAGGUUGUUUGCUGCCGCAAAAAUUACUCGCCCACGGCUGUCCUCUUACCCACAGAAAAGAUCAUUUUGUUGUCCAGCAAGUUGUUCAAUGAAAUCCUAUAAGUUGUCAGAUCUUAGUGCUACUGAGGUUGAUAGCCUAAAAGCUCGGCCUCGAAUUGAUUUUUCUUCUAUUUUUGGUGUGGUUCAACCUAUUGUUGAUGACAUAAGGAGCAGAGGCGAUGCUGCUGUCAAGGACUACACAUUUCGGUUUGACAAAGUGAAACUAGACAACGUAGUUGAGAAUGUUGAUGAUCUUCCUGAUCCAGUGCUUGAUCCAGCUGUUCAAAAAGCAUUUGAUGUGGCUUAUGGAAACAUAUUUGCUUUUCAUGCUGCUCAAAAGCCAGUUGAGAAAAUUGUUGAGAACAUGGAAGGUGUCAGGUGUAAAAGAGUGGCACGAAGUAUCGCAUCAGUGGGUCUGUAUGUUCCUGGAGGCACUGCUGUUUUACCAUCAACUGCGCUGAUGCUUUCAGUUCCUGCCCAGAUUGCUGGGUGCAAAACAAUUGUACUUGCAACACCCCCUGGUCCGGAUGGCAGCAUCUGCAAGGAAGUUCUUUAUUGCGCAAAGAAAGCUGGUGUUACUCAUAUUCUUAAAGUAGGCGGUGCACAGGCUAUUGCAGCUAUGGCCUGGGGAACUGAGUCUUGCCCGAAGGUUGAAAAGAUAUAUGGACCUGGAAAUCAGUAUGUCACUGCUGCAAAAAUGAUUCUCCAGAACAGCGAAGCUAUGAUUUCAAUAGACAUGCCAGCUGGACCAUCAGAAGUGCUUGUCAUUGCCGAUAAAUAUGCAAGUCCUGUUCACAUAGCAGCAGAUUUGCUUUCGCAGGCUGAGCAUGGCCCUGAUAGCCAAGUUGUUCUUGUGGUUGCUGGAGAGGGAGUGAAUGUUAAUGCAAUUGAGGAUGAAAUUAACAAGCAGUGCAACAGCCUUCCUCGAGGAACCUUCGCUUCAAAAGCACUAAGUCACAGCUUUAUUGUUUAUGCCCAUGAUAUGCUUGAGGCUAUAAAGUUUUCCAACCUGUAUGCACCUGAGCAUUUAAUCGUUAAUGUGAAAGAUGCUGAGAAGUGGGAGAGCCUCAUUGAAAAUGCCGGUUCUGUAUUUUUGGGUCCAUGGACUCCUGAAAGUGUUGGAGAUUAUGCCAGUGGCACCAAUCAUGUUCUUCCAACCUAUGGUUUUGCCCGGAUGUAUAGUGGAGUGUCUCUCGAUUCGUUCCUGAAAUUCAUCACAGUCCAGUCAUUGACGGAAGAGGGGUUAAGGAAUCUUGGCCCGUACGUUGCUACUAUGGCUGACGUUGAGGGUCUUGAUGCCCACAAGAGAGCAGUAACUCUCAGGCUGCAGGACAUUGAAGCUCGACUGGCAUCUAACCCAAGAUAAGUGCAUUUUAUUCAGGAUGUCUUAACCUAUAACUAUUUCAAAAGUGGCUGUAGUUGUACACAUUUGUUUUUGGAGAUUGAAUUGUGAUUCCAUGUUAUAUUUUUA